GUAGUAAGAUAUACACAGCCCCAUACAUUAGUCUGUUGGGCUGUCCGUCAAUCAGUCAGCGAGCAAUUGUCGAUUUUCUUUUUUUUUGUAAAUUUCUAGUGGGACGCGAGCAAUAAGAAGAAAUAUUUUAUUUACUAUUUUCUUAAAGGAAAAAAAGUGGAAAAAAUGAUUUAAAUAAUAGAAACGAAAACAAAGUUUUAUAAAAGAUGUUAUAAAUUAAACGAUCAAGUGUAGUGUAGAUAAAUUUGUUGAAAAAUUUGGCUAAAAAUAACGAAAAAACGAAAACCCAAGAAGUGUAACCAUAAGUAGAAGAAGAAAAAAAUUUUGGCAAAGAAAAUUUCUGUGAAAAAAAUAGUGAAAAUAGAUUUUUUUACUUCGUCUACGUUAAACAAAACAAGGAGUGUGUGGAAAAAAAAAGAAAAUUUAGAAGAAAAAAUAAAAUUUUGUUAAAAUAAAUACGCAGUAAUUAAUGAAAAAAUAAAUUAAAUUAAAAGUUUAGUAGUUUGUUAAAAUACAAAAACAAACAUAAAUUAGUAUAAAGUCAAUAAUUCAGAAUCUCACUAAACAAUAACAAAAACAAAUGGGAAAAAAUUGUGUAGCUGGUUUUGUCUUUUUAAACUAAAAAUCUAAAUAAAAGAAGAAUAAAAAAAUAAAAUAGAAUACAAGAAAUAGCAGUAGCAGCAAAAAAAAAAACAAAACAAAAACAACACUAAUAUAAACACAAGUCAGCCUGCCAAACAGCCAGCAACCCAACCAAACAACCCAACAACAUAAAAUAAACAAAACAUUAAACACACUCUCUUACAUACAUACACACUCACUCACUCAAACAUAAAUUUAUGAAACAAACAGACAAGUAGUCGGUCGGUCGGUCUGUCAGACAGUCACUCGAAUAUAAAACCAAGUGGAUAAACAAAAACUCCAACAACAAUAAUCAUAAAUUUUGUAAAACAACAACAAAAACAAGAAGCAAAUCUACACUCAUUCUUCCUCCCAUUCACCACCAAAAACAACAAUAACAACAUCAUCAUCAUCACACAUUCACACAAAAUGCAUAAUAACAGCGGUAAUAAUUUCUCUUCGGGCCGUCAGGGCAAAGAGAAACGUUUCUCGAUACAUGAUGCUUUCGAAGAAGAGACCGAUGAAGCUAUACGUGUCUAUGGCUCAACAGUGAUAUCAACACCGAUGCGUUCAAAACAACGUUCCACAGAUGAUGUAUCCAUACGUAUUCAAGAUCCAAAAGGUUACAACAAAUAUGCCGAAGAUACAACAUCACGUGAUAGUGAUUCUUUAAUACAAGAAUAUGGUAAUAUAUCAACAGAUGAAGUGAGCACAUAUUGUUGGCGACAUCCCAAAGUACGAGAAAAUUGGCGUACUGUCUUAGCAGCCGUUACAUUGUUAAUCGUUGGCACCGGUCUAUUUGUUAUGGGUACAUUUGCGGUAGCCGAUCCAGCGAACACCUCACAGGGUGUAGUAUUUUUUGUAGCCGGUCUUAUAUGUUUUAUACCAGGCGCCUAUCAUGUUGUCUAUAUAUGGCUGGCUGCCAAAGGCUAUCGAGGGUUUGAUUUCUAUCAUUUGCCACUGUUUACAUAAAAAAUCCUUUUUUUGAUUUAAAUAAUUUUAUGGUUUAAUUCAAGUAUAAAAGGAACAAAAACUACAACAAGAUAAUCUCGUAGAAUUUUUAUUUUAAAUAUUAAUACAGAAAAAUACACACACAAACACGAUUUAAAACGAAUUUUAUGGUGGUAUUAAUUUUUACAAAACAACUUACAAUUUAAAAAGUAGAAAAAAGAAAUAAAAUCGUUAUGAAAUUAAUUUUUAAAUUUAUUAUUUUUUUAAUUUAAUUUAAAAAUUUAAUGCUCUACACCCCCACC